ACGUCGCUCGCCGGUCGCCGGAGGCGCGCGCAGCCGCCCAGCUCCCGGAAGUGCGCCCGGAGCCGGCGCCGCGAGCCGAGUCUCAUUCCUGGUGAGGACCUAGUUCUUUCCAGAGACAGUUCCACUUCAGAAGCACUUUACUUAAAAGGACUUGCCAGGCUGGACAAUGCCCAUUGACCUGGGGCAGGCCCUAGGCCUGCUGCCAUCACUGGCGAAGGCCGAGGACUCCCAGUUCUCUGGAUCAGAUGCUGCCCUUCAAGAGGAACUCUCCAGCCCUGAGACUGCACGCCAGCUUUUCAGGCAGUUCCGCUACCAGGUGAUGUCUGGGCCUCAUGAGACCUUGAAGCAACUUCGGAAGCUCUGUUUCCAGUGGCUACAGCCAGAGGUUCACACCAAAGAGCAGAUCCUCGAGCUCCUCAUGUUGGAGCAGUUUCUGACCAUCCUGCCUGGGGAGAUCCAGAUGUGGGUGCGGAAACAGUGUCCAGGAAGUGGAGAAGAGGCAGUGACGCUUGUGGAGAGUUUGAAGGGGGACCCCCAGAGACUGUGGCAAUGGAUCAGUAUCCAGGUCCUAGGACAGGACAUCUUAUCAGAGAAGAUGGAAUCUCAAAGCAGCCAAGUGGGGGAAGUGGAGCCCCAUCUUGAAGUGGUGCCUCAGGAGCUGGGAGUUGAGAAUUCAUCCUCGGGGCCUGGGGAGCUUCUGAGCCACAUUGUGAAAGAGGAAUCUGAUGCAGAAGCAGAAUUAGCCCUGGCUGCCUCCCAGCCUGCCGGAUUGGCGGAAAGGCUGAUCAGAGACCAGGACCUCGGAACCUCACUGCUCCCAGCAGCACCUCAGGAACAGUGGAGACACCUGGAUUCUACUCAAAAGGAGCAAUACUGGGAUCUCAUGCUGGAGACCUAUGGGAAAAUGGUCUCAGGAGCAGGCAUUUCCCAUUCCAAACCUGACCUGACUAAUUCAAUAGAAUAUGGGGAAGAGCUGGCAGGACUGUACCUUCAUGUCAAUGAGAAGAUCCCAAGACCCAGCUGCAUAGGGGACAGACAAGAGAAUGACAAGGAGAACCUAAACUUGGAAAAUCACAGAGACCAGGAGCUUCUGCACGCUUCCUGUCAAGCCUCAGGAGAGGUACCUUCUCAGGUUUCCUUGAGGGGCUUCUUUAGUGAGGAUGAGCCAGGGUGCUUUGAAGGAGAGAAUCUCCCUGAGGCUCUGCAGAACAUUCAGGAUGAGGGAACAGGGGAACAGCUCUCUCAAGAAAGGAUUUCUGAGAAACCACUCGGUCAGCAUUUGCCUAAUCCUCAUUCAGGAGAAGUGUCCACCAUGUGGCUUGAGGAGAAGAGAGAGACCUCCCAGAGGGGGCAGCCAAGAGCCCCCAUGGCCCAGAAGCUCCCCACCUGUAGGGAGUGUGGGAAGACUUUUUAUAGGAAUUCUCAGCUUGUUUUUCACCAAAGAACUCACACCGGAGAGACAUACUUUCAGUGUACCAUCUGCAAAAAAGCCUUUCUGCGGAGUUCAGACUUUGUGAAGCAUCAGAGAACUCACACAGGAGAGAAGCCCUGUAAAUGUGAUUACUGUGGGAAAGGCUUCAGUGACUUCUCAGGAUUGCGCCACCAUGAGAAAAUCCACACGGGAGAGAAACCCUAUAAAUGUCCCAUCUGUGAGAAAAGUUUCAUUCAAAGAUCAAACUUUAAUAGACAUCAGAGGGUUCACACAGGAGAGAAACCUUAUAAGUGUUCCCAUUGUGGGAAAAGUUUCAGCUGGAGCUCAAGUCUUGACAAACAUCAAAGAUCCCACCUAGGAAAGAAGCCCGUUCAAUAGCUGGUCACCAUACUCUGUCUGCCCAUUUCCAUCUCCCAGCCCAUUAAAAAAAAAAAAAACAACAACACUCAGCUCCGUCAAGAAUAAUUAUGUCUCUAAGAGGAUACCCCUGAUAGCUCCUUUUUUCAUGGAUUGGAGAGGAAAGAAUCUGGACAUGGCUUUGGACUUGGAGGAUAACUUGGAUUGGAUUUCACAAUGGCUUAAAUUCUUGAUUCUGCCUCAGGAGAAAAACUCUUCAUAUUUCCACUCAUGCUUCCUUUGGACUUAUUGGGGAAAAAGUCUAAAUUGGAGAUCCAGUUUUAGAAGUGCUUUCUGGGAGGCAUUUAAUGGGAUUAGCUGUAGUCACUGCUUAUGGGAAGAACCUGAGAUCAGCCCCUUAAAGUGGGUUCUAGAGCAAGUCUUCUGUUCCAGGAGAGAAGGGGAGACCCAAAGAGGAGCAGUGAGCUCAUGUGUGUUCUUUGUGAUGGGGUGAAACACUAACUUCAAGUGUUCCUUGUUUGAAAUAAACUUAGCAGAGUCUCUUCCUAUCUU